AUGUCUGUGUUUGACUUUAAUGGAGGCCUCGGUGAAGCCGCCGCCUGGUUAUGUCUUCGACAAGAUAUUUACAUCUCAUUGACGAAGCAAAGGCCGCUACGAUCAGACUUGGACACGUAUCUACAGUCAGACGUGUUCAAACGCAUGGACGACGCGGCUUACUCCAACAAGAUGGUCUUUCUGCUAGCAAAAGCACUUGCUUGCGCCUUUUCAUCAGACAAGCCUUGCUCGGCGGAUAGCCUGGAAGAGAUUCGCCGGGAGGUGGAUAGCUGGUUCGAAUUGAAGUCACCAGCGUUCAACCCCAUCCACGAAGCAAAGAGGAACAGAGAGGAAGGGCGGCUGCUGCCAGAAAUAUGGGUUCUUUCACCCUUCCACGCUGUCGGGUUGCAAUAUUACCAUAUUGCAAAUAUCAUCCUCGCCAUGUCUACGCCGAUUGUAGCAUCUUCCGUGCUUGAGCAUAUUCGGCAAGGAAAACGGGUUGAGCAAAUCGUACGAAACCACCUGCUUCAGGUAAUAGCGUUGGCCAACUCCCACGCAAGAGCAGAAAACGCCCUCUUUACGGCACGACACUCGCUUUCAGUUUGGGGCGGCGUCUUUGCCGAAAAAGACGAUCAAGAUAUGGUGCUCAGCUUUCUGGACCACGUACAACAAAGGACAGGUUGGAACACAUCCCCAUUACGUUCAUCACUGCAAGAACAAUGGAUACAAGAUACUAGAGAAUAAAAUGUUUUCUCAUUC